ACCAAGGAGACAGGCACCCGAACCGGAAAGCUCGAGGUCAACUUCGGACGAAGAUUGAGUCUGGCGAGGGGACGAUCCCAGUACGGUCCAGUAACACCAUCCAGACAUGGGACGGGGUACUGCAGGGAGAGAGACUGCUCACAAUGUCCUGCAGUGACAAGAUUGCCAGGUGGAAUGUGGUUGGAAUCCAGGGAUCCUUAAUGAACUACUUCACGGAGCCCAUUUACUUCUCCAGUAUCAUCCUUGGUAGUUUAUACCACGCGGACCACCUCUCCCGGGCCAUGUACCAGAGAAUAGCUGACAUUGAGGACCUGCCCCAGUCAUUCACACUCAAUAAACCUCUACUGAGUGGUAUUAGCAACGCAGAAGCCCGACAACCAGGCAAGGCUCCCAAUUUCAGUGUGAACUGGACAGUGGGAGACCAGGCCCUUGAGGUCAUUAACGCCACUACAGGAAAGGAUGACAUGGGCCGUGCAUCCCGUCUCUGCAAGCAUGUUCUGUACAGCCGCUGGAUACGCCUGCAGUCAAAGCUUCUCUCAAGUCUACGGAUCAAACUGGCCAAGCACAGCUCGUACUAUGAAGUCAAGCAGGCUGCCACAGAAUACCAUUCAGCCAAGCAGGCAGUCAUUAAGGCUUUUCAUAAGGCUGGGCUGGGUGCCUGGGUGAAAAAGCCAAUAGAACAGGACCAGUUCUCUCAGAGCCCAUGAGGGGGUGUCGAGGAUGGAGCCAAAACACAGUGAAACAAAUUACCAGCUGCUGAGACUUCAUGUGUUCAGCAUAUUUAUUGUAUUUCUCUAAGAUUUUACCUGCAUCUGAAUUUUAUUCCAUUCCUCCUUUUUUAUUUAAUUUUAUAUAUA